UAAUUUUAAAAUAUCCAAUAUAUUAAUAGAAACUUUAGCAGAAGCACGGCUUAAAGCUAAACGUGCUGAAUUCACAUCUGACUUAUCAGAUGAUGAUAAGAAGAAAAAGAAACUGCCUGUGUCUACCAAAUGUCCAGUAUUUUCAGAUUCAAGAUUUUGGUGAUUCAAGUAAUGUGGCUACUACAACAGUAAACAAAAGAAAACAUGAAGAAAAACAUGAUUCUGAUGAUAACAAUGAAAUUAUGGUUAUACCAGUGCAUAAAAGAAAAAAUGAAAAAGAACAAAAUUUUAAGUCUGGCAGUAAAAUGGCAUCUGAACAUAAAUUGCAAAAGCUGAAGUAUAAUCAAGUGGUUUCUCAGGAUAUCAAGCUGUUGAGAAAUCAACUUUUAAAAAAAAGCUUUCUUAUGGGAGUAGUUCAAAAUCAAACAGUUUAUUGUUUCUGAGCAAUAUUUCUGAUAAUUCUGUGAGUCAAAAACCAAGAUCUACUGCUCAUUCAGUAGACGAUGAAUGUACUGAUAGUGAAUUCAAAAAACAGAUCUUACGCCAUAUAAUGUACUUUAAAGUCGAAUUACAACAUAUACUAUCCAAUCAAAAUGAAAACUCAGAAAGAUUGCUGACAAUUGAAAAUCUUCUAGAAGGAAAAUCAAAAAAUUAGCCUACUAACUUAGAGACUACUUACAUGUCAGCUGACUGUCCUUUACCAAUAGACAAUGAAAUAGACUUGAACAUAUUAGAGGACAAAACUUUAGGAGAUUUGAAGUUUAAAAAUAAUUUGAUACAUGAGUUAUCCUGCGUUGGAGGGAAACAUUUGAAAGCUGCUGUCAAAAGAAUUAUGUCGAAACUAUUUACUAAUAGUUUUCUUUCGAUGUUUUCAUUUUCAGGAAAGAAGGGAAAAAAGAAAUUUUGCGAUUUAUUUAUCCUUCCCAUAAUUUUAAAAUCCAUAAAGAAACAACUCAAAUUCAAGAACACUAGUGAUCAUGAGAUUGAAGAACCAAUCAAAAUAUAUUUAGCUCAAGCGCCAUUUGCUGAUAAAAAUAAAAAAUAAUUAU